UUUGGAGGAAUGGCGGGCGCUUGGUUGCCCGGUUGUAAAUGUUGCUCUUCUAGCUGUACGUGUGGCGGCGACAAGGGCAAGUGGGGCGACUCUUCUCUGUUAGGCCGGCGGCUCUCGGAGGACUCGGACCGUCACCAACUGCUGCAGAAGUGGGCAAGCAUGUGGAACUCCUUGAGCGGGGACGCGUCGGUGGCCUGUGCGGAGGGGACGCGGCGCGAGGAGGCUGCGGAGCAGGCCGAGGAGGAGGACAGGCCGCUGGUGUUUCUGUGCUCCGGGUGCCGGCGGCCGCUGGGCGACUCCUUGAGCUGGGUGGCGAGCCAGGAGGACACCAACUGCAUCUUGCUUCGCUGUGUUUCCUGUAAUGUUUCUGUGGAUAAGGAACAGAUACUGUCCAAACGCAAAAAUGAAAAUGGCUGCGUUCUGGAGGCCCUGCGCUGCUCCGGGUGCUCGCUCAGCCUCGGCCACGUCUACAGGUGCACGCCCAGGAGCCUCGACUACAAGAGAGACUUGUUUUGCCUCAGGGUUGAAGCCAUUGAAAGUUAUAUUUUAGGGUCCUCGGAAAAGCAAAUUGUGUCAGAAGAUAAAGAACUUUUUAAUCUUGAAAGCAGAGUUGAAAUAGAAAAGUCUCUAAAGCAGAUGGAAGAUGUUUUGAAAGCAUUACAAGCAAAGCUGUGGGAGGUUGAAUCAAAGUUGUCCUUCACCAGCUGCAAAAGCUGACCCGCCCUCCACGUGCCCGUUCCGCACUCCCUGCGGGUGGACGCUUCCGUAUGUAGCCAUGCUAGUCAUCUGGUUUUGCUCAGAAUGGAAAGAUUUCGCAGUGGCCAUGUCCUCUUGUAUCGAUCAGAUGAGAAGGAUUGUAGCAUCACUUUUAGGAUAUAUUCAGUGGUAAACAAAUGGUUGUUUCCCAAAGUCGAGAUUUAAAGCCGUUUUAUGAUACUUGUUGAAAUUAGGAUUUUGGAGUUUUUAUUUUGAUAAGAAACUGCUAUGCUUUCUCUGAACUGUUUUCUCCUUUGUAUCAGUUUCAUUUUUCAUCUCCUUUUUAAAUGAAUAAAAAAAAUUAUUCACCUUGGAUACUUUGAGAGAGGUUUAAUAUUGAAUGGCAAGAAAAUCUUAGAGGUUUUUCCCACCCGCUGUGUGAGUGAGUCUUUGAAAAUGAAUGCAUAAAGCUCUCUGAAGAAACUGGUCAGGUGAAUUAUUUCUCAGAACUGUUGGAACACUUGCAGGCGAGCAGAAGAGCGUAUGUUUGAGGGGUAGUAGAUUCCACUUGAUCCGUCUGUUUACUGCCGUCCACCAGAACAGGUCUGGAAUAAUGGCCACCAAAGGGACCAGUAGUCAUCUCUGAGGGUGGGAUUCUGGGGGGUCCUCUGUUUCCUAUAAUUUGGGGCUUAUAUGUGCUAUUUUUAAAAUCAGAGAAUAAAGAUUAA